UCUGAGAAGAGAAGGUGUAUUAUUAACAGGACUCUUCGCGCUCCACUCCAGUCAUCCACAUGUUGCGUUUGCGGCACCAACUAAAGUCGGAAGUUGAAUGGUUUCCACUUAGAAGCUAGCUUUUACUCCAGAAGCAUCGUGGAGACUGCCAGGCACCACAGGAGGAGAAGACUGCUACCACUUUUGACACCACUUUGGCUGUCUUGAGCACAUCGAGGACAGCCACAUGAAAGUAAACAGGGCGGCUGUUUGAAAUGUUUCCCCGCCGACUGAAGUAGUCACAAAAACGGACUCUUGUUCUGUGGUGUGAAGUGGUCGUGCGAGAGUGCUUUUUUUUGGGACAACAUGAUGGCUUUUCUGCACUUGCUGCUGUGUGCGGGGAUGUUGCCGAUGUGCGGAGCCUACUAUAGCGGACCUUUACAGCCAGAGAUGUCUAACGGCACUUUUCACCACUACUUCGUGCCGGACGGCGACUACGAAGAGAACGACGACCCGGAGAAAUGUCAACUACUUUUCAGAAUGACCGACGAGCGAAAGUGCGGUCCGGACGAGGACCAGGACUCGGUCAUCCGGGACGAUUUCACAAUCGUCAAGCGGCAGAUUGAGGACUCUUCUCGGGUGUUGGAGGGCAUAGGGAGAAGCAUCUCAUACGACUUGGACGGAGAGGACAGCUACGGGAAGUACUUGAGGAGAGAAACCACGCAGAUCAGCGAGGCGUUCACAAACUCGGAGAAAUCUCUUCUGGAGCUGGAGGUGAAGUUCAAGCAGAGCCAGGAGAGCGAGCUGAAGGAGGAGCACCGGCUCGGCGACGACUUCCUCAACAUGAUCGUCAACACUCGGGACGCCCUCAAGGAGACUCUGGACAUUUCUUUGGGCCUGAAGGACAAACAUGAGCUGCUGUCCCUCAUCAUCCGCAGCCACGGUACACGGCUCAGUAGACUGAAGAAUGAAUACAUGAAACACUGACCUACCUUCUACUUUUUAAUGUAGUUACUUUAGGGGUUGUAAAUCAAUCCAUCACUCACACGCCAGUAUGACCACAACUGCCACAUUUGGGGGAGGCUCGGUUUGGACAAUAUUGUUUAUUUUGGUAUGGUUUAUUUGUUUCACACAUGCUUGACAAGUUGCAUUCAGGAACAUGGCAUGGUUACAUUUACACAAUUCAGCAUGAAAAGGAGUAAGAAGAAGCAUAGCUUAUUUAAUCCUACCUCUUUCUAUGUAUCUGUCACCGUAUCUGUCAUCAUAAAUAAUGUCUCUAGGUGCUUUUUUUCACCUACAUAAAUUUUAGUUUUACUCAGUUUAGAAACACCACAUUUCCUUAAAAAGUUCAUAUAAGUUUCAUAUAAGAGCUCCAAUGGACACAUGUUUUUUUUAAGUUGUUAGUUUAUGGAUGUUGUGCACUUUACAUUAUCAUCGUAUAGAAUUGAUGCAAACUUCCACAACAUCAGUGCUGUAAUAAUUAUAAUAAGUCAACAUAUGUUUUAUAUAAUAGUUAUGUUAUGUUAUGUUAGGUUAACAAAACAUAAAGCAUAAAGGCUCAAAACUGCACAUUUUCUUUCUGGGUUGUCAGUGUGUUCAGUAUUGUUUGUAUUCCUGUCAAACAACCGCUUGGUGAAGCUCGGACACAGAGUGACCACUGUGAUCACUGGAGGACAUCUUUUCAGGAACAUAAGGUAAACAGAUGGAAAGAAGAAAUGUGUAUAUUCUGACAUUCAGGAUGAAUGUUUCCAGGGUAUGACGGGAUGUUUACAUGCAGUAUCGAUACGGUUGUUGUUUUGCUUCUUCGGCCAGCAGAUGUUGCACGGCUCUUUACUGUUCUGGUGCUAAAUGUUUAGCUCAAAAUGCGAGGCCGACAGAGGCAAUACAAAAAGCACAGUGUAUUUUGCAAGUACAACGUAAAUACUGUGAGUGCCAGUAUAUAUAGUAUUACAGAAGACUUUAAUGUGUAUUCAUUUUUCAUGUAGAGUUUUGACAUAGAGCAUCAUAUAUGUAUUCUUUUAAGAUACAGAUGUAAUACUUACACGGUAUAUGUAAUAUAGAUGAAGACUGCUGGCAGCACUCGAGGGUUUCAAUGUCAAACACUCAUUUGUGUGAUAACACCAACAGUCUGUGUUGUGUUUUCUCAAAUAAAGAGAUUGUGUUUGAAGAAGCUGUGAUUGAAGAUAUUUGAUGUUCUUCAGGAAAUAUGGCUGUUCAGUCACUGCAUUUCUUGUCAUUCUUACUCAUGAGUGGGGAGAAGCUCACAUUGCUCCUUUGACUGAGCCCACAGGGUGAGAGUAGUCUAAUCACUACUGUCCUGCCACGUGUUUUACAAUGACAAAGUUCCCCUCCAUGCUUGCUAUACAAGGUUUAGAGGUCUGCUUUAAAUUAAACACACACACAGCCCCUCUAAUUAUGAGUGUUUUGGAGGAAGAAGCUGCUCAUUGGAAUUUAGGAUGAGCCGAGAUGGAAGUGUGUGAUGGAACAGUGGGCCUCACAAACGUGCUUUUUUCCAUUCCUCUUCUCCAAUGCAGGGAAAAUGGCAACUUUAAGGGGUGUAAUUGCUUUUAGGAAG